AUGUUUACUUCAAUUAAUUGCACUAUAUUUGAUAUACCAUUAACGUGGGAUCGAACACGCUUCGAAGCUUCACGGAAUAAAUGUCGACAAGCACGACGACUGGUAGAAGCCAGUAUAAAUGCACAAUUAAAUAAACAAUUACGAGAAGUUUUUUUUCAAAAAAUUGACAUUGAGAAAGAUAUUCAUGAAAGUCAAGAACGCUUAAUCAAUCAAGAAAAGAAAGUUCGUGCAUUAUAUAAUUUGACUGAUGUAGCAUCGGAAUCAUUAGAUGAUUAUUUCGAUAAGCGUAUGGAAAAUGUUCGUGUUGCUAUACAAGAACAUUGUAAUGCUAUUCAAUUAAUUCUCUGUGAAGAAAAUGAACAUUGGAAAGAAAUUCAUAAUGCCAUCGAUCAAAAUUUGAUUACAUCCGAGGAUAUUCAUCGAAAUGAUAAGAUACAACAAGAAAUACUAUUAGCAAAUAUUCAUACUAUAAACGAAGCUGAUGAAGACGAAGAACAUACAUCACAAUUAUUAAAUAAUAAAACGGUUACACCACUUUUAACACAAAUGAUUCGAAAAUCUCGACUACAAUCAAAUCGUGCUUCGAUAAUCGAACCUAGUCCUCGUAUAUCAACUCAAAACUUGAUUCGAAGCAAAGAAGAACGAUUUAGCGUUAUAAUACCAUUGAUGUCUGCUCGUCGAACACUUCCAGUUAUUGAUACAACAUUCGUCGUCAAAAUUGAACAAUCAACAAUGACAGAACCGAAUGAUUCAUAUCACGAUGAAGUUGCGCCAAAUGAUUCAUAUCAUGAUGAAGUUGUUCCCAUUGAAUCUAUACCUACAAACGAUGUUGAAAUGGCACCAAGUUAUUCACAACCAAAACCACCAGCUCAUCUAUAUUUUUCACCAACAUUCCUUCAAGAUAAUGAAGAACUAGAAUUGUUACAGCCUGUUCUUUCAACUAUUGAUCAAAACCAAACAAACAUCGAAAAACCUAAAAACAUACUUCGUCGAUUCGGUCAAACAUUUUUACUUGAUAAUAUGAGAACCGAAGAAGUUGAAGAAAGUGAAGAUCAAGAAAAUUUACGACCAAAAAUUAGUGAGGAAAUACCUAUGAUUAUUGUUUCAAAGCAACCAAUACCAAUACAACAACAACCUAUGGAAGAAUCUUAUCAAGUAGAAGAAUCUCAUGACGUGGAAGACUCUUAUCAUGCCGAAACACCUGUGCAUCAGAAAUCCAUGGUUUACGCAAAACGACAAACGCGUGUUAAGCGAACUAAAGUUGUACCGAUAGUAGAACCAGUUCAAGUGACACGACGUAUAAUACGAAAACAACCGGCGCAAGUUGAUACAAAGCAACGACGAGGUCGAAAACGUAAACAAUCAAUAUCUGAUGAUACAAAUAAUAAUACCGUUGCUUUAUGUAAGAAGAAAACUAUUGGAUCCCCACCAAAACCAAAAACCAAUACAAGAAAAACAAGAGCAAAGAAAAUAAAAGAAGCUCCUAUUCGAGAGCCAUCACCGUUACCCGUCAUCGAUCGAUCAAAACAUUAUUCUACACGAUUUUCAACACGCUCUCAUCGAUUCAAUAAUGUGACUCUAUCGACGACUCAAAUAGUUGCUGAUGAAAAGAAGAAAUCGACUCGACUCCGUACCAAAUCUAUGGUACGAAGUCGUAACCGCGAUGUCGAUGGAGACGAUCGAACAAUCUUAUCAACUGGUACGAAUAAGAGUAAAACUCAACCAAAAACACGUGCUAAAUCAAUGAUGGUCACAAGAAAUCGAAGAAAAUAA